AUGACCACCCUCCCCUCCAAAGACCGGAUCGAAUCCGGCUCCUUCAACAUCCCCAUCGGCAAAUUCCCAGCAACAGCCACCUCCACUUCCAUCGACCACGAGGCCAUUGCCUCCCAAAUCGUCUCGAGCGUCAACACCGCCCUCUCCAACAAUGACUACAACGCGUUGACCGCGCUGUUCCUCGAAGACGGCUUCUGGCGCGACCACCUCUGCGUGACUUGGGAUCUGCGCACCAUCAAGGGCAGAGAGAACAUUGCCAACUUCCUCAGCGCGAGCGGCCAGUUGACGCACGUUGAGAUUGACCGGUCGUCUGCGUUUCGCUCGCCUGCCGUUGCGCCGAUCGAUGCGUUUGGUGACGUCACUGGCAUACAGUUCUUUAUCAAUGUUACUACGCAGACGGGACGAGGUGACGGCAUUGUAAGGCUGGCGGAGAAGGAUGGAGAGUGGAAGAUUUAUACGUUUUUCACGUCGUUGGUGGAGUUGAAGGGGCAUGAGGAGGGGGUGAGACAUCGUCGGCCAAAGGGGGUGCAGCAUGGAGAGCAGAAGGAUAGGAGGAAUUGGCAGGAGAAGCGCACUGCGGAUGUUAACUAUGAGGGCAAGGACCCGGCUGUUCUUGUUGUUGGUGCUGGACAGGCUGGUCUUACGGCGGCUGCCCGUCUUAAGAUGCUUAAUGUCGACACUCUCAUCAUCGACAAGGAAGAGCAGGUCGGCGACAGCUGGAGGAGGAGAUAUCAGCAGCUGGUUCUGCAUGAUCCUGUCUGGUUCGACCACAUGCCCUAUGUCCCAUUCCCGGCCCACUGGCCCGAGUUUACUCCCAAAGACAAACUGGCCGAGUUCUUCGAAUGCUACGUCAAGCUGCUCGAGCUGAAUGUCUGGACCAAGACCACACUGACCUCGUCGUCUUGGAGCGACGAGAAGAAACAGUGGACUGUCGUGCUUGAGCGCCAGCAGGCAGAUGGAACGGUGGAAACUCGCACCCUCCACCCUCGCCAUGUCAUCCAGGCGACCGGCCACUCCGGCAAGAAGAACCUCCCCGCCAUCAAGGGAAUGAGUGACUUUCAAGGAGACCGGAUCUGCCAUAGCUCCGAGUUCCCUGGUGCCAACCCGGCUUCCAAGGGUAAGAAGGCGGUUGUCGUCGGAUCGUGUAACUCGGGACAUGAUAUCGCCCAGGAUUACCACGAAAAGGGGUACGAGGUUACCAUGGUACAGCGCAGUUCGACCUGUAUCGUUUCGUCUGAUGCUAUCGUCAACAUUGGACUAAAGGGGCUGUACGACGAGGAUGCACCCCCGUCCGCAGACGCUGAUCUUUACCUGUGGAGUAUUCCCUCCGAAAUGUUCAAAGCCCAGCAAUUCAAGGUAGCCACAGCGUGCACCCAGCACGACGCGGCCGUUCUAGAAGGGCUGGAAAAGGCCGGCUUCAAGGUCGACCGGGGUCCCAACGACGCCGGCCUCCUCAUCAAGUACCUCCAACGCGGCGGAGGCUACUACAUCAACGUCGGCGCCAGCCAGCUCAUCAUCGACGGCAAGGUCAAGGUCAAGCAUGGACAGGAGAUCUCGGAGAUCCUCGCCCACGGGAUCCGGUUCGCCGACGGAUCCGAAUUGGAGGCCGACGAGAUCAUCCUUGCGACCGGAUACCAGAACAUGCGAUCCGAGGCACGGACCAUCUUCGGCGAUGAAGUUGCCGAUCGCAUCAACAAUAUCUGGGGAUGGGAUGAAGAGGGCGAGAUGCGGACUAUCUGGCGCCGCAGCGGACACCCUGGAUUCUGGUUCAUGGGCGGUAAUCUGGCGCUGUGUCGGUACUUUUCGCGCAUGCUGGCGUUGCAGAUCAAGGCCGUGGAGGAGGGACUCGCCCAGUGA